AAGAUAAAACUGCCACUUAGAGCCCAGGAGAGCUAAACCUUCCCGGCUUGGCCUGGGGGCUUGAGCAGAGUCAUGGGUUCUCUGGCCCUGCAACUGUGGGCUCUCGUCUGCCUGGUGGUUCACUCGGUUUCUGGCAGCCCCAUCAUGAGUCUGGAGCAGUCACCUCUGGAAGAAGAUAUGCCCCUCUUCGAUGAUGUCUUCUCAGAGCAAGAUGGUGUCGACUUUAACACAUUGCUGCAGAGCAUGAAGAAUGAAUUCCUCAAGACACUGAACCUCUCCGACAUCCCUUCGCAGGAUUCAGCCAAGGUUGACCCACCAGAGUACAUGCUGGAGCUCUACAACAAAUUUGCAACAGAUCGGACCUCCAUGCCAUCUGCCAACAUCAUUAGGAGCUUCAAAAAUGAAGAUCUGUUUUCCCAGCCAGCCAGUUUUAAUGGGCUCCGAAAAUACCCUCUCCUCUUCAAUGUGUCCAUUCCUCACCAUGAAGAGGUUAUCAUGGCUGAACUGAGGUUGUACACGCUGGUGCAAAGAGAUCGCAUGAUCUAUGAUGGAGUAGACCGAAAAAUUACCAUUUUUGAGGUACUAGAGAGCAGAGGGGACAGUGAGGGUGAAAGAAGCAUGCUGGUCUUGGUGUCAGGGGAGAUCUAUGGAACCAACAGUGAGUGGGAGACUUUUGAUGUCACUGAGGCCAUUAGACGUUGGCAAAAGUCAGGUUCAUCCACCCACCAGCUGGAGGUCCACAUUGAGAGUAGACACGACGGAGUUGAGGAUGCUGGCAGGGGACAACUGGAAAUAGACACCAGUGCCAGGAAUAAGCAUGUCCCUUUGCUUGUCGUGUUUUCUGAUGACCAAAGCAGCGAGAAGGAGCGGACAGAAGAACUGAAUGAAAUGAUUGCCCAUGAGCAACUUCUGGAGUUUGACAACUUGGGCAUGGACAGUUAUUCCAGCGGACCUGGAGAAGAAGCUUUGCUGCAAAUGAGGUCAAACAUCAUCUAUGACUCCACUGCCCGCAUCAGAAGGAAUGCUAAAGGAAACUACUGCAAGAGGACCCCGCUCUACAUCGAUUUCAAAGAGAUUGGCUGGGACUCUUGGAUCAUCGCCCCACCUGGAUAUGAAGCCUACGAAUGCCGUGGGGUUUGCAACUACCCCCUUGCAGAGCAUCUCACACCCACAAAGCAUGCGAUUAUCCAGGCCCUGGUCCACCUCAAGAAUUCCCAAAAGGCUUCCAAAGCCUGCUGUGUGCCCACCAAGCUAGAGCCCAUCUCCAUCCUCUACUUAGACAAAGGCGUGGUCACUUACAAGUUCAAAUAUGAAGGCAUGGCAGUCUCUGAAUGUGGCUGUAGAUAGAAGAGGAGUCCUGUGCUAAUUUAAUAACUGUAAAUGUGUAUAUUUUGUGUUCCUAUUUAAUGAGAUUAUUUAAUAAGAGUGUACAGAUGAUAGAGGCUUGCUGCCUUAGGGAAAUGGGCAGGUCAGUUUGUUGUAGGAAAUGCAUGUUUUGCUAAUACAAUAUCAUCCCUUCCAAUAUGUUUUUCUUUGGACUUGCCAUUUCUUGUCAAUGCCAUUUCCAAUAGCAAGUGGCAAGCCACACUAAUUGUCCUCUAUGUCAAUUUGAAAACAACAGGCCCUAAGCAGAAAUAGAGUGUCAGUGAUAGAUACUUGUGUAUGUAUAUGUGUACAGAGAUAAACUUACAAAAUUCUCCUGGUUCUAUAGAGGUAGAUUAUACUCCCUCAUAUGCAUGACUCAAUCAAAUGUGUAUAUAUUAAAAACUGAUGGUAUAUUCUCAGUCAA